AUGAAAGACAUUCAAUUUCGUCUUCAAGCUGCUAAUGAAGACAUUGACCAAUUAAAAAGAGAAAACGCUGAAUUACGAGAAGCUUCGAAAAUUCAACAUGAUAAUUUAAUGAAGAUAAGAUCAUUGAUGGCAAGUAGUCCAUCUACUGAACUGAUUGUUGACAACAAAUUAUCAAACACCCCUGUACUUCGUCAAUACAGCAGUAAUAAUAAUUGUACAUUUACUUUGUUGAGUGAUGAUGAGAAUGAGAAUGUAAAUCCGCAAACAAAUAUUGCUACCGAUAAAUCCCUAAAAUUCAAUGAUGAUGUAAACACUAAUGAUGGAGACGAACCAGGAGUGAAGUUUAAAAAAGUUGAAAGCGAAUGGAGUUUACCGUUUACGGUAGUCACUGAUAUUAAUUCAAACACUGAUGCAGAUCCACACCAACCUAGAUGUAAAUGCCGAGGAACAUGUCAAGCACGUUGUAGUUGUAAACGUUCCGGUCGUCCGUGUGUCCCAUCACAUUGUCACUGUGUAUUAGGUCUGUGCAAAAAUCGUUCAGACUCAUCAUCGCAAAACAGUGAAAUAGCCAGUUCAGUCGAAAAUUCUGCAACUGUUAUGGGACCACCAUCUGGAUUACCCGUUAUAUUACGUCCCAAACGUAGAACUCGUGCAUUACAAUUAAAUUUGCCUGAAGAACAACAGGAUAAACAUAUGACUCACACACUGAUGAAUGAAACGUAUGAUUUAAACAAACAACAAACUUGUACAUCCAUAUCAGAAAUUAAUGAUAAUGAUGAUCUACAAUCUCCAACUGACAAUUCACAACUAUUUGAUGGCGGGUCACUUCGUUAUUUAUGGCCUAAAAAUCGAUUAUCUUAUUUUCCCAGUCCACUAUUGCGUUCAGACAGAUAG